AUGUAUGCUGUAACAGCUGUGUUCUGUGUGCUCCUGCAUUUAGGAUGGACUGUGUCUCCCUAUGGCUCGGACAAAUGUGUUCGAGUAACUAACAAGGACUUGGAAAGCAGUGUUAUUUGCAAAAUAAGAACAUUGGAUGGCGAUGGCAGCAGUAUAACAUCAGUGCAUUCAGAAACGAGCAAACUUAAUAUAGAAUGCAAUCAUCUAUUGUUAUUUGAAAGCUCACUUCGGGCGCAUUAUUUCAGCCCUGUCAUAGGACUAACUGAUUUAAGUAUAGUCAACUGCAAACUACUAACCGUUCCAGAUAACGUUUUUCAAGACUUGAAUAAAUUAAGACGACUUAAACUUCAAUCGAAGAACUCAGAGUGGAGUCCUACCAAGAACUUGGAGCUAACUUUGAACUCUUUCAAUGGAUUAUCCGAACUGCAGUCGUUAGAUCUCGCUCAAAAUAACAUAAAGUUCGUUCCUUCAAGAGUAUUUUGUUCAAUGGAAAACUUAAAUACAUUGAAUUUAACUCGCAAUAGAAUAAGAACCGUCGGACAAAUCGGUUUUGGACACACUUGUGGAUCUAGCUUACAUACAUUAGAUUUGAGUAAUAAUGAAAUAAAAAAGUUAUCUGAAGAUUCUGAAAUAUUAAAACUUCGAAGUUUACAACAUUUAUACUUACAACAUAAUAAUAUAACCGACAUAUCAAGUGAAGCUUUUAAUGGACUUGUGUCUUUGAGAGUUUUAAACAUAUCACAUAACCGUUUACACACGUUACCAGAAGGACUAUUUGCCUAUUCAAGAGAAUUAAGAGAGGUUUACCUUAACGACAAUUCCCUCUUUGAGCUUGCGGGGGGUAUAUUUCAUCGGCUAGAGCAGUUAAUAGUUUUGGAUCUAUCAAGUAACCAACUUACAAGCAAUCAUAUUGACGACGGGACAUUCUUAGGAUUAAUACGACUCAUUGUAUUAAACUUAUCUAACAAUGCCCUUACAAGAAUAGAUGGCAAGACGUUUAAAGAUCUUUUUGUGCUACAAAUAUUAAAUUUGAAGAAUAAUUCAAUUGGAUAUAUAGAAGAUAAUGCUUUUUUGCCCUUAUACAAUCUUCAUACGUUAAACUUGGCGGAGAAUCGCUUGCAUACUAUAGAUGAAAAUUUAUUUAAUGGAUUAUUUGUUUUGAGUAAACUGACACUAAAUAAUAAUUUACUCGUUACCAUUGAUAGAAAAGCAUUUAAAAACUGUUCUGACGUUAAAGAGUUGGAUUUAAGUUCAAAUCAGCUAGUGGAGGUGCCUGAUGCAAUAUGGGAGCUUCCCUUUUUAAAAACUCUUGACUUAGGAGAAAAUCAAAUAUCAACAUUCAAAAAUGGCUCUUUUAAAAACCUAAACCAAUUAACAGGAUUGAGACUAAUAGAUAAUCAAAUCGGAAACUUAAGUGUCGGAAUGUUUUGGGAUCUACCAAGCCUACAAGUUUUAAAUAUAGCCAAGAAUAAGAUUCAAUCAAUUGAAAGAGGUACCUUUACCCGGAAUUCACAGUUGGAGGCUAUAAGAUUAGAUGGAAACUUCUUGUCGGACAUCAAUGGUGUCUUUGCAACGCUUGCAAGUCUUUUGUGGCUCAAUCUAUCAGAAAAUCAUCUAGUGUGGUUCGAUUACGCGUUUGUGCCUAGUAAUUUAAUGUGGUUGGACGUUCACGGUAAUUUCAUUGAGCACUUAGGUAACUAUUAUAAGUUGCAAGAUGAAAUUCGUAUAAAAACUUUAGACGUUAGUCAUAAUAGAAUAGUGGAAAUAUCGCCUAUGGCGAUACCUAAUAGUGUAGAGUUAUUGUUUAUUAACAAUAAUUUUUUAAAUAAUAUUCAUGUGAACACUUUUUUCGAUAAAAAAAAUCUAACGCGUGUGGACAUGUACGCUAACGAAAUUGUACAUUUAGAACUAAAUAGUUUACGUUUAUCAAAUGUGCCUGCAAAUAAAACCUUACCUGAGUUUUACAUCGGUGGCAAUCCCUUUCAGUGUGACUGUACUAUGGAGUGGUUACCGAUCAUAAACAAUAUGACUGCCAUGAGGCAGUACCCGCGUGUGAUGGACUUAGAAAAUGUUUUGUGUAAAAUGACGAACACUCGUAGUGGAACACAUGUGCCCUUAACUAACCUUCGAACGUCGGACUUUUUGUGUGAGUAUGAGACUCAUUGUUUUGCUAUCUGUCAUUGCUGCGAUUACGACGCGUGUGACUGUGAAAUGACCUGUCCACAAAAUUGUACCUGCUACCACGACCCGUUAUGGAACACUAACGUUGUUGAUUGUUCCGGCCAGUCGUCCAUGGAAAUACCACACAAGAUACCAAUGGAUGCAACUGAAGUAUUUUUAGAUGGGAAUAAUAUUAGAGAAUUACAAAAUCACGUUUUCAUUGGACGACAAAAGAUGCGCUCCCUCUAUGUGAAUAAUAGCAACGUCGAUAGCAUUCAAAAUAGAACUUUUGCUGGCCUAAAUACUCUACAAAUACUCCAUUUAGGAAACAAUAAAUUGAAAGAAUUAAAAGGAUACGAAUUUCACCAGCUUAGUAACUUGAAAGAAUUAUUUUUACAAAACAAUCUAAUAAGCCAUAUCGCUAACAUAUCAUUUUUGUCACUACGAUCUCUAGAAACUUUACGCCUCGACGGUAACAGAUUAGUAGAUUUUGGUGUUUGGAGUUUUAACAAUAAUCCUAAUUUAAAGGCUUUAUCAUUGGGUAACAACCUUUGGUCAUGCAAAUGUCGUUAUUUACAAGAAUUGACUGCGUAUCUUGCUGAAAAUGCACAAAAAAUUAUUGACAUAACGGAUGUUUGGUGUUGGAAUGGAGAUGCCAAGCCGCCACAGAAAAAAGAGCUUAAUUUAAACGGCACUGCCUGCAGCGAUUAUUAUGCUGAUAAUUCAGUCAUCGGAAACAUGUUGGAGUCGAACUAUGUUCCCAUGAUGGUCUUGACACUUACCGGCUUUAUGUUAAUUUUAUUGGCCCUUGUCGUAUUAUUUAUUUUUAGAAACUCGUUGCGUGUAUGGUUGUAUACUAACUGUGGUAUUCGGAUUUUUUCAUUCUCUGGUGGAUUUGAAGAAAAUGAAAAAUUAUAUGAUGCAUAUGUUUGCUAUAGUCCUAAAGAUGAAGAGUUUGUAAUAGAAACAUUAGCUACUGAAUUAGAAGGUGGCAAUCCUCCGUAUCAUCUUUGCCUCCACUAUAGAGACAUUCCACACCACGGUGCACAAUAUAUGCAAUGUACGCCUCCAGUAGUUGAAGCUGUAGAGGCAUCUAAAAGAAUAAUAUUGAUGUUAACAACAAACUUUAUGCAAACAGAGUGGUCUCGAUAUGAAUUUCGACAAUGGCUGCACGAGGCACUAAAAGGAUGUAUUUAUAAGUUAAUUUUAAUUGAAGAGUGUUCUGUGGUGGAACUCGCAAUGUGUGAUCCCGACUUGCGACCGUAUCUAAAGACCAGUUGUCGUUUGCGUUGGGGACAAAAGGGAUUUUGGGAACACCUCAGGUAUAUAAUGCCGGAUGCAUCGCAUCCAACUCACAAAAAGAGAUCACAUAACUAUAGAAAGAAUAUAAAUACAUACACAUUAGAUUCUUCCGUACCUAAUGGAGGGAAUCGAACAAUGAGUUAUCUCGAUAAGUCACCAGUGUUAGGUAACACAGAGCAAGGAGCGAGUGCACCUCCUGAAUAUAGUACAGAAGUACGGCAGUCGCCAUCAGCAGUGAGGCAAUCACAGGGCGUGGCUUACGGCCCUGAUGGAAGGCCUAUAUCAGAUCAUAUCUACUCUUCAAUAGAUUCUGAUUACUCUUCCUUAGAACAAGGCAUGGCACCAGGCAGGCGACGAGAGAUGCGACAAUGGCCGCCUCCGCCGCCACUUGUUGACACGGGUAAUUCCGUGCAAGCUUACCUAGUC